CCGUCUUGGUCUCUAUUCUCUGUUAAAAAUAUGGAAAAGUGCAAGAAUGAUUUACAAGAAAGAAACCAAAAUCAGAAGAUUGCAGCUGCUGGUAAAGACUGAACAGCUUCUUUCCUUUGGAGGAGGCAAAACUCAAGAGUGAGAUGGCUGCGCCCCUGCUCCUGGUGCUUUGCAGUUUGAUUUGCUGGGUGUCACUCUAUGUCUUCUUCUGUCAGCUAAACCACUAUCGCAGCUACGAGUGGAACUGUCGCUUGGUAACACUUGUUCACGGCAUUCUCAUUGUCUGUCUCUCUGGAUACGUUGGAUUUAUAGAUGGGCCUUGGCCCUUUAAUCAUCCAGGGUCUCCAAACACACAGCUCCAGACUCGAGUGCUGUGCCUGUCGCUGGGCUAUUUUAUAUUUGAUAUGUGCUGGUGCGUCUAUUUCCAAACGGAAGGUCUGGUGAUGUUGUCUCACCACAGCCUCAGUAUUCUGGGCAUCAUCAUGGUGUUAGCUUUGGAGCACUCAGCUACGGAGGUCAACGCAGUCAUCUUCGGUAGUGAAAUUACCAAUCCGUUCCUCCAGACCCGCUGGUUUCUCAGAGAAGCUGGAUAUUACCACACCUUGCUGGGAGAUGCUGUGGACUUCCUUUUUGUUGUGCUGUUUUCCAGUGUGCGGAUUGGGGUGGGAGCCAGGCUGUUGUACUGUGAGCUAUCUUCCCCUGUGCCCCUCCCAAUUGUGAAGCUGGGAGGAGUUGCUAUGUACAUGGUGUCCUGGGUCUUCAUGGUGAAUAUUGCCAAGUUUGCCUGGAGGAAGAGUAGUCACAAGUACAAGGCAUGGAGAGAGCGGAGCCAACUCAGUUUACGCCCACAGAUCAACGGACACACAAAGAAAGCUUACUAAUGUUAAUUGAUCUCCAUCCUUGUCCAUCCUGGUUCCUUACUUUAUUUACAGUACAAUUUUCGAAUGCCCUUGGCAGGUGUAUUAUGUUCUCAGCAAGAAAUGCGUUGUAGGUUACUGCCGACCUGAAACUGCCUCUGAACUCAGGCACCGCCAGAAUUCUCAGUAGUGUCUCACUGUCUUUGUGUCAAUUAUAAUGCCUAUCUUGUGCUCAGCUCUGAUUUUUUUUAUUGGCUAUAGAGGUGGCACGUGUGGACCAUAAAAUCUUUGGUUGCAUGGUAACUGGUGUCCUAGAAUUCUGUUCUUCUGCUCCUCAGUUUGGGUGCAGUCCUACAACAAUGGUGACCUUAGCAGAGUGCCAAUAAUCACAUCCAGACCUAGACAAUGAAUAAGCACAAGAGAUUUUGCAAAUGCUGGAAAUCUUCAGGAGCACACACAAAAUGCUGGAGGAACUCAACAGGUCAGACAGUAUCUAUGGAGGGGAAAAAACAGUCACUGUUUCAGGCCGAGACCCUUCAUCAGGACUCCUUCCACUAGGGAGACAACAACCAGAUGUCACUUCAGUUUUUGUAGGCGAGAGCUUGCAAUCAUCUUAGAUUUCCUGUCCUUUUUGCUAUUGUCUCAUCUAUUGUUUAUCCCUGUAGAUUGCAUAAUUUUCAAUGACUUCUGUAGACCUUCAAGUAAACUUCUGAUCCAAAGAAAUCCUGCCCUUUGUGGUACUAUCAUAAUGAAUUACAGAAUAACAAGUGGAGUCUAUUUUGCACCUUGAGAGAGAGGCAAAGACUGUUGAGCUCUUGAGCCUUCUGCAUUGGAACAAUAGGAGAGUCCUUCAGUCUAUUUCACUGUAACAAGUAGGCCAUUCAGCCCAUUGCUGCUAUGAAAAUGGAGAAUAGGCCAUUCCGCCACACAAGUCUCUUAGAGAGGCACAAGUGGAGUUAGUUCACUUCCCUAACCGUAUGAAAAAACAGGAAUAGGCCUCUCAGUCCCUUGUGUACUGUAAAGAAGCACACACAGGGCAUUCAGCUCUCCACACUGUUGCGAGCUGAACAUUAAUUGGAACAUUAGUUGUUCAUCCCACACCUCAGGGAUCAGAAAGAGGCUUUUCUACCUUCGGAUUUAUGCAGUAGUUCUCACAUUCUUUAAAUGAAAUUCCAAAAUUGUUCAAUUUACACAACACUAACUAAUCUAUUCUGGGACAAGUUCAUCAUCACAUCCUUGUUUUGUACUUGCUGCCCUGUAUAUAAAGAUCACAAUCUCUUUUCCCCUCUAAUUUCAUAUUUUUCAAUCCUCAGUUCCACUUCCUAGGCUGUAUAUUUGCUCCACUUAGUCACCCUUUUCUUCUUCACUUCUAAGAAGUUUUAUACCUGAUCUUCGAUUUCCUCACUUGCAGACCCCAGUCAGUUUGGAUUGGUAACAACAUUUCCUCACAAUCUCUACCAGCACAGGAACACUGUAGGGAUGUGUACUUAGCCCCCUGCUCUACUCACUUUACACUUAUGACUGUGUGGAUAAGCACAGCUCCAAUAUCAAAUUCAAGUUUGCUGAUGACACCACUGUCGUUGGGUGAAUCAAAGGUGGUGACGAAUCAGCAUAUCGGAGGGAGAUUGAAAAUCUGGCUGAGUGGUGCUACAACAACAAUCUCUUACUCAAUGUCAGCAAGACCAAGGAGCUGAUUAUUGACUUCAGGAGGAGGAAGCCAGCAGUCCAUGAGCCAGUCCUCAUCGGAGGAUCAAAGGAGGAGAGGGUCAGCAACUUUAAAUUCCUAGCUGUUACCAUUUUGGAGGACUUGUCCCGGGCCUAGCACGUAAGUGCCAUUAUGAAGAAAUCACGACAGCGCCUCUACUUCCUUUGGAGUUUGCAAAGAUUCGGCAUGACAUCUGUAACUUUGACAAACUUCUCUAGAUGUGUGAUGGAGAGUAUAUCAACUGGCUUCAUCACAGCCUGGAGUGGAAACACCAAUGCCCUUGAACAGGAAAUCCUACAAAAAGUAGUGGAUAUGGCCCAGUCCAUCCCUCCCCACCAUUGAGCACAUCUUCACGGAGCAUUACCACAGGAAAGCAGCAUCCAUCAUCAGGGACCCCCACCACCCAGGACAUGCUCUCUUCUUGCUGCAGCCAUCAGGAAGAAUGUACAGGAGCCUCAGGACUCACACCACCAGGUUCAAGAACAGUUAUUACCCCUCAGCUAUCAGGCUGUUGAACCAAAUGGGAUAUCUUUACUCAACUUCACUUGCCCCAGCAUUGAAAUGUUCCCACAAUCUAUGGACUCACUUUCAAGGACUCUUCAUCUCAUGUUUUAAUACUUAUUGCUUAUUUAUUUAUUAUUAUUAUUAUUCCUUUCUUUUUGUAAUUGCACAGUUUGUUGUUUUUGCACACUAGUUGAAUGCCCAAUUUGGUGAGGUCUUUCAUUGAUUCUAUUUUGGUUAUUAUUCUAUUAUGGAUUUAUUUAAUAUGCCUGCAAGAAAAUGAAUCUUAGUGUUGUAUAUGGUGACAUAUAUGUGUACUUUGAUAAUAAAUUUACUUUUCCUCAAAUAUCUCACUUCACAUUUAACCCAUAGUGAAAUG